AUGGCAAAAUCUCUUAAAACCAUUCAUCAAUUCACUGGCGUGAUGCAGUUCAUGCAAAGGGGCUUGGAUUCGGAAACCAAGAAGCAACUCGAAGAAGAGGAGAAGAAAAUCAUCAGCAAGGAGCACUGGUUCCUGGAUCUGCCAGAACUAAAGGAGAAGGAGACCUUUAUAAUAGAAGAGCGGAGCUUUCUGCCCUGCGAGGAUCUGCUUUAUGGCAGAAUGUCGUUCAAAGGCUUCAAUCCCGAAGUUGAGAAGUUAAUGAUCCAGAUGAACUCGAGGUACAAGACGGAAGAAAUCGAAGAGGAAGAUAAUGCAAUGGAAGCUGAUGUAUCGGAUGAAGAAAUGGCCAGAAGGUACGAGACGUUGGUUGGAACGAUCGGGAAGAAGUUUCUGAAGAAGAGGGAACGCCGUGCCCUGCAGAACACAGACGAGGCCGAGAACGGUCCCCACGGGCCCAGCAAAGCGAAGAAAAUGUUUUUGAAACCCCAGGAUUAAAGCGACGUGGAUGAUUUGUGCAUCCGUCAGGCUGGGGAAAUAUAUUUUUGUACCUCGGUUAACACCAGUUAUUUUUCUAAAUCGCCAGCUUUCUUUAUGUCCCCGGGAUGGAUGCAUUGCUCAGAGUAGAUGCACACGUAAAUGGAUGUCAUACAUCCUCUGUUCUCUGCGCAUGGUUUUUUCUUUUAAGCGCGGGCCCAGUGAGAUAACGUGAGUUUAUCACCGCCUGUAAGCGGGCUGGUUGCCAGGCUCGGCUGAGAAUACUUCCCGAUUAUGAUUUUACCUGAACUGCAAGCAAAGACUUCAACGGCCAAGCGAAUUCCGGCAGCUUCACCCUACAAUGCUCUUUUCCGUUGUCAUUUUAUAUUCUACCCCUUUUGCUUUUUUAAAAAGAUUGGGUGGGUGGAGUUUUCGAGGAAGAUUAUUUUUUAAGAGCCGGACAACUCAACGAUUUAUUUGAUUUAUGUAUUUGAAAAAAAAAUAUUUUAUUGUAACGGAGUAUUUUUAUUGUUGUCUGCAGCUAUUUUAAGUGUCUGUUCCCAAUGCCUAAUGAGAGUUGUGACUGCAAAAGGGAAGCAGUGGGCCAGGGGAGACAUGCAGUUUUUGUGCUUGAGUAAAGGGGUGUUCUGUUUUUGAGCCAGUUCUUUGAAACUUCAGCCAUUUCUUGCCGAAGGAGAGCUACUGAAGUAUAUGGGUGCUGUCAGUCUCUUGCCCCAGUGCGUAUGGACCAGUGGGUAAAGGCUUUCUGUGCUUUAAAAACUAGUUGCGUCUUUAGUGCCUCCGGUGUGUCCACUGAAUACCCCCCAAAUCGCUCUUUGGAGAACUAGCGUCAGCCCUCCUGAUCGCAUAAGGUGGGGCAAGGAAACUGCUAGGUACCCCCUGCCCCACACAUCUCCCCUUGUAUAUCAUGCUACGAAUUGUGUGCUUUUUCCAUUUCCCUUCAACAUUGUUGCAUCCGGAGAGUCAUACUUAACGAUUUUCAGAAUUGAUAGCGUGCCGGCGAUCUCGGCCAAAGGUGAUCUCUAAGUCUGCACGUUUUUCUCUGGUCGGGGUCGGGGAUGAAACCGUUUGGGGCGAGAAGGCCAAGAAUCACGGCGUUUCUCGUUUGUCAUCGAGGUCACAAUAAACACACCCUGUUUCC